GAGGUGCCCUCCCUGACAAGAGGUUCGCCUGGGCGGCGCUGGUGUGCGUGCCAGUGGUCGUCGGCCUGGCCGCGCUGCUCGUGGUCCUGGGCAUCCACCGUGCCCGCGGCGACCCCACGCCCCGCCCGGCGGACGGCCCCGUGAUCGCGGGCAGGCCAGAGGUGAUCAGGGUGGCGGAGAAGCUGGCGGAGUUUCCUCCCUUGUGCGACCGCAGCAUCGUCAGCGAGACGUGUGCCCUCUUCAGCAGCUCCACCCCCGAGUUCUGGGGCAGCGCGGCCGACGCGGACGUUCACGUGUUGCACGCGGCGGAAAUUUCAUUCGGACUACAGGUCGCCAGGAGCAGCGUCGUCGAUUGGAUGGAGAAGAUAGGGGUGACAAACGCAGAGACCGACGGAGUUGCGUUGGCAGGUGGCGCUUUCGCGGUGGACUGUCAGGAGUUGUGCGAGCGAACCGUCGCGAGCUUCGACGAUUCGGUGCUCCCCGAGGUGUCGGACGUGGCCUGUUACACGCAUCCGACGACGGGCAAUCCCACCUGUGACAUCGAUGUCUCGCCCGAGGCCCUUGGCCAGAUGCAGGAUUCAGUUGAGGUCGUCAAGGUGACGCAACCGCAGCAGCUGAACAGUUCGGACAAUGCUACUUGGAGCUAUGACGCGCUGGCCGCUUUGGAUGACGCUGAGUUGCCCACGAAGGCCGACGCAUUUAUAAGGCUGAUGGUGGCGCAGUGGUUCCGUGUUCACCCGCUCUCGUCCGUCUCUCACGCCACAGUCACGCCCAGCGAUAACGCGAGUUCCAAUGGUACGCCCAGCGAUAACACGAAUUCUACUGGCACGCCAAGCGAGAACGUGAGCCUCACAGCUCGCAGGCUCUCGAGGAACGACGAUUCACUCGGGUCGGUGGAUUCUUGUAUGUGGGCGAACGACGGCGAGUGUGACAAUUACAACGGUUGGUGCACUCACGGUACGGACUGCACCGAUUGCGGGUGA